AUGCUGCGACUCUCUCUGCCAUCGACCAGUCUUCGUCGAUCGUUCUUCACCUCGUCCAUCAGCCACUCCGGCCACAACAAAUGGUCCAAAAUAAAGGAAAGGAAAGGAGCCAACGACUUGCGGAAAGGCGUGCUGUACAGCAAAGCUAAUAAGGAUAUUCUGCUUGCGGUGCGAACUGGCGGAAGCGUAGACCCCGAACAGAAUGCGACCCUCGCAGCCGUUAUUAAGAAGGUGAAGUCCCAGGGCGUCCCGAAGGACAACAUCGAGAACGCGCUGAAGAAGGCUGCGGGAGGGAAGGACAAGGGCGAUCAGCAGUUGACAUAUGAGGCGAUGGCGCCCGGCUCGGUUGGCAUGAUCAUAGAGUGCAUGUCGGAUAACGUGAACCGGACGAUGCACGCUCUACGAAAUAUUCUCACUGAUCAUGAAGCUCGUCUGGCACCUGUCGGGUUUCUGUUUGCGCGGAGGGGCUGCGUCCGUGUUUCUCUUGAAAAGGGGGGCAAUUUCGAAGACAAACUAGACCAGCUCAUUGGAGGCCUGCUAGAUUCGGGCGUGGAAGACUUCAAGGAGACCGUUACAACUGAAAGCGAAGCUGAGUUGGAGCUUUGGUGUCAACCACAAGACCUUGCGAAAGUCACCAAUGCCGCCAUGGAAUCGGGCUUUUGCAGCGAGUUGCUCGGCAGUGAGCUGAUAUACACGCCAUUGGAAAAGGGACCGGACAUAGACGCGGAUACGUCCAAACGAUUAGACGAACUGGUAGACACCUUAGAAGACCACGACGAUGUCUUGCGAGUGUGGACCACACACAAUGCCUAG